GUACAGUGAGGCAGAGAAGUGGUGCGCAAAGCACUGCCAUAAAUGCCAUUCAAUGCAAUCGCUUGACGACUGGUAUAACUGUAUUGAGUGAAUGGCAGACAAAACAGUGUUUGUGUUUCGCAGCAAUCACUCAAUAAUCACUCGUUUUGUGUAAUUAUUGUCCGAAAUAUACAUUAAAUUAGUGUUCAUUUGAAACACAAUUAGAGAUCUAUUUACAAGUUGUCGUCAAAACUAUCACCACAUUUGGAGUCAUAAUAAUCGCUACAAGAAGUGGCUGUCGAUGAUAGUAAUGCCGACCAAUUGGGCGUCUCAUUGAAUGUGCAAUCGCUGUGUGUUUUAGCCAUCGAUUCAAGUGAUCAGACAAUUAUCGCUCAUCUGUGGUGUCUUUGUGUGGGUCCGUGUCGUCCUCCUCAUCAGUCAUGUCAUCGCGAGUGCACUCGAAUUACUCGCACCCGAGGAAUGGAUCCGUGUCCUCGCGGCCAUCGUUUAGCCGUCAGCUCCGGAACCGCUGCGACCUCUGCAUCCGUAUCUUCAAGUGGCUGCCCGUCCUCUUCAUCGUGUCGGUGCUCUCGUGGGGUUAUUACGCGUACGUCAUUCAACUCAACCUCUUCAACGUCGAGCACAUCCUUCUCAAGACUUUCUAUUUGAUUGUCUUUCACGUGAUAUACGUGUUGACGCUGUGGUCCUAUUGGCAGACCAUCUUCACGGACAGCGCACACAUACCCCGAGAUUUCUGGUUCCCGGCCUCAGAGAAGGAGAAGCUCUUACAGGAGCCCAACGAAGAGAAUCAAAGACGUCUUGUGGAGCAGUACGUGAGUGACCGCAAUCUGCCGGUGCAGUGUCGCGCCUACACCGGCACCUACAGGAUCUGUGACAACUGCUUCAUGAUUAAGCCGGACAGAGCCCACCACUGCUCCGUAUGCGACCAAUGCGUGCUUAAGAUGGACCACCACUGCCCCUGGUUUGUCACCAUUACAUGCCAUACCAUACCACUACUACACCGCUUGGUUAAUAAUUGUGUCUCGUUUUCAAACUACAAAUUUUUUAUACUAUUUCUCGGAUACGCUUUCCUCUUGUGUUUCUAUUCAGCCCUCACUUCGUUCCCGUAUUUCCUCAAGUUUUGGAAGAUCCACAUUAGAGUCAUUCCGAGCGCCUGUAUUCGCGAGUGGGCCCGACCGGAAUGCCUAUAA